UCUUUGCCCCCUCACGUUCAGACCACAGCGCUGUCCAAGCAUGGAGCUUUUUGAGACCAACCCUUACUUCUUCCCUGACCAGCGCUUCUAUGAAGGAGGGGACAGCUAUUUCCCCUCUCGCCUACCCGGGGGGUACGACCAAGGUGGCUACCAGGACAGGAACUCCAUGAUGGGGCUGUGUGGGACUCUGUCUGGAGGUGUUGGAGUUGGGGUGACAGGAACAGAGGACAAAGCCUCUCCAUCCAGCAUGUCACCUCACUCCGAGCCCCACUGCCCGGGUCAGUGCCUGCCUUGGGCCUGCAAGCUGUGCAAAAGGAAGACAGUGACCAUGGACCGCCGGAGAGCAGCCACACUGAGGGAGAAGAGACGCCUGAAAAAGGUGAACGAGGCUUUUGAUGCUCUGAAGAGGAGCACCCUGAUGAACCCCAAUCAGAGGCUGCCCAAGGUGGAGAUCUUGCGGAGUGCCAUCCAGUAUAUUGAAAGGCUGCAGGCCCUGGUGUCCUCCCUCAACCAGCAGGACACAGAGACAGGACAGCAGGGACUGCACUAUCGACCUGGCCCGGCCCAACCCAGAGUGUCGUCGUCAAGUGAGCCCAGUUCUGGCAGCACCUGCUGCAGCAGCCCAGAGUGGAGCAGCACUCCCGAGCAGUGCACACAAAGCUACAGCAGUGAGGAUCUCCUGAGUGCUGCUGACUCUCCAGAGCAGGGAAACAUGCAAGCCCUCACCUCCAUCGUGGACAGCAUUACUGCAGCAGACGGAGCUGUGGCCUUUCCUGUGGACAUUCCCAAAUAGACCCUUCACACUGAGGACCCAUAGGAGCACACAAGUGCCACUAACACAAA